CGUCCUGUCUGAAAAUCGGCGGUUUUUGCACCCAGUGCGUCUCUCGCUCUCUGUCGCUCGCUCUUGGCAGUGGGACUCAUCUUCUCAUCCAGCAGAGGGACCCCCCAUCCCUGCCCUUUCUUCAAACUGCCCGUCGGCCCCUGAAGACUCCGACAUGCUGCUGUUCCUGACGCUAGUGUCUGUCGGCCUGGUGGCAAUAGUGCCGCAGUCCCAGGCGAUUGUGAUCUACACGGGCUGGGAUCGCCACGCCCUGGUGGGGUCAGACGUGCGGCUCUCCUGCUCCUUCUUCUCCUGGCGAUGGACCUCCGAGGACGUGACCUUCUCCUGGAGCUACCGGGCCGACGGGGCCCGAGAAGGCAUCUCUAUAUUCCACUACACCGGGGGUCUGCCCUACGUGGACAACAAGGGUCCUUUCCGGGACAGGCUGGAGUUCGUGGGGAACCCCCAGCGUCGCGACGGCUCCAUCCUAAUCAAGAACCUGGACUACAACGACAACGGCACCUUCACCUGCGACGCCAAGAACCCGCCCGACAUCGUGGGCCGGCCUUCCCACGUCCGACUGCUCGUGUUCGAGAAACUACCCGUCCAGGCUGGAGUGAUCACUGGCGCCAUCAUCGGGGCAGUCCUGGGACUGCUGGUGCUGAUCGUGGUGAUCUACUACCUAAUGAGGUUCCUGGUCGCCCGCCGAGUCUUCAGCCUCAGUGUCAGCAAACACGGGAAGAAAGGAAAAGGGAAAGAGGGAUCACAGCAGCGACAGGGUCCCACCCUCUACGCCGCCCUGGACCAGUCCAAACUGAAGGCCUCCUCCUCCGAAAAGAAGAAGCAGGAGUCACGCAAGGAUAAGAAAUAGGAUUCGGCAAGCAGAGAGCUAGAGCCCCACGACAAACCCCGCAAAGCGCAGCCCAAACCGCAGAAAGAGAAAGAGAAAUCGGGAGGGGACAGGGUCCUGAUGACUAUCGAACUGGAGAUGACCAAGGGGGAGGGGGAGGGAGGCCUGCCCAAAAAGUCGCCCAGUUUUCUGUCCCAGCUCGCCAACAAACUGACCGUCAAAUAAAGGAGAGGGAAGAGAGGAGGAACGAGGGAGGGGUGAGGGCGGAAGGGUGGAGAAAGAGAUAGAGAGGGAGAGGGCAGCAUUGCACAGAUAAAGUCUGGUGGGGGUAGAGCAUACUUAUUCUCUAAUUAAAUCACAUCCGUCUUUUUUACAGACAGGAAAAUAAUCGUAUUCGAGUAUAAAUACUUUAGAUUUGAUUAGAAUUCAAUCAGAAUUAAAUUUAUGUCCAUAAAAAAUAAAUUUAAAAUGAACUGUUAGCAUUCAAUACCUUAUUCAAAGACAUUCUUUUCAGUUGAAAUGAUUUCAUGGUAACUUCAAUACAAACAAGCCUUCAACCUUGCCUGUGCCUGUUAGAAUGCCUCGUGUCACUACGGCAACAGCAAGGACACUGUGCUUCUCUUAGGGGUCAUCUGCAAACUCUCACCUCACAAAAAACUGUUUUUUUUUUUUAUUUUGUCAAAGAUAGAAUCUCAUCAUCAGCCACAAUGUUCACAUAUUAAAUAUUAAAUUAUUCGUAGUUAUUCAUUCAUAUAUUAAAGACCUUGACUCUCAAAAAGCACCUCUCUCCCUCUCCGUCUUUCUCCUUCUCCCACUCCCUCUUCCUUUCCUUUCCCCCUUUCUGUCUCUUUCUUUCUCUCUCGUAGAUGUUCUGAGUCCUCUUUUCACCCGCGCUCUGGCUGCUCCGCCCCCCAAAGCCCCGCCCACCCCACCGUCCCCCAACCAAAACUACUGGCGUAGCCACAUGUCACUCCAACCGAGCUCCAACCGAGACCCCGGGCCUGCCCCCUCACCAAAAACCAGCCCCUCCCACUUCCGUGUCUGCACUUGGUGAGUCGACACGCUCCCCCCAAAACAGAGUCUCUGCCACACCCACAACAAUGUCUCCUCCUCCGCCCCCCCAACAAAGGCUAUGCCCCACCCCCCCAACAGAGAGUGGUUUUAAACUGGUAGCACCCUGGACUGUAGAAGCUCUGAGAGGCACAGACAGUCUGUUUAGCUGUUUACCCCCGUGGACACGUACUCGGGCGUUUCUGCUUACACUGCCAUGACACAGACCCCCGACACGUCUACGUUAAACCACCUACCUGUUCGUUCAGGUGGACGGAUAUCUACCUAUUCCUUGUGAUUGUGGGGAUGAUAACAUAAAAUAUGAUUUGGAAAAAAAAAAAUUGUGAAGCCCAUCUCCUCCUGAUCUUGUACUGUUGUAAAAUAACAAACUAUGGUAGGUCCUUGAAAGAAUUUGUUGUCAGCUUUAUUUGCACAAGGAGCAACAAACACAGUGUUCGUUUCACUGGGCAAUUCGGGCCAUUAAUAUUUCUAAUGCUAAUGACCCUACUGGAGGCGGAGCCUGUAGAAAAAGCAACAGGGGCCGUUCACUGCUUUGAGUUUAGUGACUGAGAAGCACAGAAUGAAGUCAAUACUGAACCAGACCACGUGAACUAUCUCAGCCAGCCAAAAUAGACAGCAAGAAUUGUGAAAGAAAUGUGGAUUCGAGCUCUGCUCCAGAACGCUUAGCUACUCGAGUCCCAAAAAGUGCUCUCCUCCCGCAGCGUACUUAGGGUGGCGUUUCCUGUCCUGUCCCUCUCCGACUCACCAGCUCAGAUACCUCUCAGCACCUCAUUGACCCCGCCUUCACCACCCCUCGUUUCGGUUGCUUAGCAACGCAUUGUGCCCUCACACGCCCUAGCGGCCCUUCUGAUUCUUCUCAUCGUAAAAGAUGCCAAAAACAGAAAUUCUAAUUCAUCUAGCUCUCUGCUACGUAUGUAGGUGUGUGUGUGUAUUUGUGUGUGUGUGAGUGAGUGAGUGUGUAUUUGGUGUAUGUGUGUGUGUGUUAGACAGACAUUUUACAUGUGUACAAAAAAACAUUGUAAGCAUGUUUCUCGAAGGCAGAAAUGUAAUAGUAUUUCUCGAUAUUUAAUGAUGUUUCUGCCCUGGUGAAAUGCAAGGAUCCAGUGAGCUUUUUGUGCCACACAGGAGACCGUAGAGCGCUCUCGUCCACCCAGGUAGCACUGCAACCAGGCAAAGGGAGGAGUUCUGGGAGGAAAUAUCCUACCCCUUGGCUCUUCUCAGACAUUUCUUUCUGAAUGAUGUCGCCCACUUGAGCCGUGUUUUGAUGCAAACAUCAAACUACAGUCAUGGGUGGUGCAGUAGAAUAUGAGGUCAUAACCGCAGAGUGGUUAUGGGUAGUGUAGUGCUAUUAUAGCAUGGACCACUACACUCGUGUAGCUUUUUUUUUUUUACACUAGCGCUAAGUGUUAAACAUGGUUUUAUGCUAGCACUAGUGUAGAAUGCGCUUUUCACUAGCACUAGUGUAGAAAAUGGUUUUACGCUCACACUAGCGUAGACUGGUUUAAAGUAGCACUGUCUCCUUCAAUGGAUUCAGGUCUUCCCUUGGUCCAGCUUUAUGGAUUCUUGACAUUUGAGAAAAUACAUUAAAAUGUCUUGAGACAUCUGUGUUGUUCAUGUAUCGCGUUCUUUAUCGGAUCUGAUUCAGAGAUAACAUUCCUUUAUUCUUUGAAAUAAAUACGCAUUAACGGUUUAAUUAUUUUUUUUUUUUACAUUUAUUUUUAUGCUAACAAUAGAAAUGUACCAACCAGUAUUUGUUGUGAUAUGAAAUGUGUUGUAUAAAGAAAAUAAAUCAGAAAUAAAAGCAAACACUCAACUUGGUUGUAAAAAUAAAAAUUAAAUAAACCCAAAUGAACAGAGAA